GAGCGGGGGCAGCAUCUCCUGGGGUGGCCCGGGGAUUGAUUCACGCGGGGGUGUGGGGUUUGCCCUGGUUAGGGGGUAAGUUUGCAGGCCUGUGGGGUUUUGCCUCUAGUUGGGGCAUCUCUGCAAAGGAGUUUGGGAGGUCUGGGGUAGCUCUUGCAAGGGGGCUUUGGGGGGGUUUACCCCCUCGUUUGGGGUAGUUCUUGCAAGAGAGCUUUGCGGGGGGUCCUAUCCCGGCUGGGGUAGCUCUGCAAGGGAGUUUUGGGGAGUUUGACCCACCCCUAUUUGGGGUAGCUCUGUAAAGGGGGAUCUGCCCCCUUCCCAUUUGGGGUAGCUCUUGGAAGGGGUUUUGGCGGGUUUACCCCCUCAUUUGGGGUAGCUCUUGCAAGGGAAUUUUGGGAGGCUUUGACUUCCCCCUCUAUUUGGGGUAGUUCUGUAAAGGGAGACUGCCCCCCUUCCCAUUUGGGGUAGCUUUGCUGAGGGGGUUUGGAGGGGUUUGACCCCUUAUCUGGGGUAGUUCUUGCAAUUGAGUUUUGGGGCACUUUUCACCCCAGCUAGGGUAGCUCUGUUGGGGUUUGACCCCACUCCCCAUUUUUGGGAGCUCUGUAGGAGGUUCCCCCCCCCCCCGCCAUCUGGGAUAUCUCUGCAACGGGAGUAGCCAGCUGUGGGCUUGCAUCUAGCCAGAUGUGAGGUGUGCAGGGGUUUGCAGCACCAAAGCACAGGGGCCAAUGGGGGUUUAAGCCCCCCCCCACCCAGGACAAGGCUGGGCUUUGAACCCCUUGGGGGCUACCAGGGUGUGGGGUUUGGCCAGGAGAACCAGAGCAACCCAAGGAGGGGACACAGAACCCCAGAAUCACCCUGUGGGUGUGUCAGAGUUACCCCAGCUGGGGGCCCACCCCUCUCAACCUGUGGAUGCUGCACCCCUGGAGAUGAUGUCCCCCGAGGAGGAGACCCCAUCCACUGGUGGGGAAGGGGACGGGGACAGUGGCCACGUCCUCCUGCAAGCCCUGAAGAGCAGCAGCACCCGGAAGGAAGAUGGUCCAGCCAAGCGCUGCCUGUCCCUCCCCUCGCCAUCGGAGGUACCGGGCAGAGCAUUUAUCGCUGCCACAUGUCUCUCCCGGGACCUGCCCACGAGGAGAGUCGGUGCAGCCCGGCUGUGCGUGCGAGAUGGGGCCGAUAGCUCUGCUGGCGUCACUUGUUUAAUUAGUAACAGCGAGGGCUGCGACCCCUUUGCCCAGACCCAGCGCAGCAAAUUGCAGCAUCGCCGGGCGAGGAUUAACCAGCAGAUCAACAAGGAGAUGAGGAUGCGAGCUGGGGCAGAAAACCUCUUCAGGGCCACCAGUAACCACAAAGUCAAAGAGACGGUCGCCCUGGAGCUGAGCUACGUGAACUCCAACCUGCAGCUGCUGAAGGAGGAGCUGGAGGAGCUGAACAGCAGCGUGGAUGUCUACCAGAACGAGAGCGAGUCCAUCAGCGUCCCCAUGAUCCCUUUGGGCCUGAAGGAGACAAAGGAGCUGGAUUUGCUGGUACCACUGAAGGAUUUCAUCAGUGAACACUAUGGAGAGGAGAGCAUCUUGUUUGAAAAAGAAAUCAAAGAGUUCAUGGAGCUGCGGCAGGCGAUGCGCACCCCAAGCCGCAACGAAGCCGGGCUGGAGCUCUUGAUGGAGUAUUACAACCAGCUCUACUUCCUUGACAGCCGUUUCUUCCCUCCCACCAAAAGCCUGGGUGUCUUCUUCCACUGGUACGAUUCCCUGACGGGGGUCCCAUCCCACCAGCGGGCCCUGGCCUUCGAGAAGGGCAGCGUGCUUUUCAACAUUGGAGCCCUGCACACCCAGAUCGGAGCGCGGCAGGACCGUGCGUCCCUGCCGGGGCUCAACCAGGCCAUCGAUGCCUUUCAGAAGGCAGCUGGUGCCUUUAACUAUUUGAAGGAAAACUUCUCCAAUGCUCCCAGCCUGGAUAUGAGUGCAGCCUCCUUGAACAUGCUGGUGCGGCUGAUGGUUGCCCAGGUCCAGGAGUGUGUCUUUGAGAAGAUGACCUUGCUGCGUGCCCAGCAUGACUUCCUCACCUGGCUGCAGCUUGCCCAGGAGGCAGCAAGGGUGGAAGAUGUCUACUCGCUGGUACACCAGACGAUGACCCAGGCCCAUGUGAAGGAUUACGUUCCCUUCUCUUGGACCACCAUGGUCCAUGUCAAGUCAGAGCAUUUCAAAGCCCUCUCCCACUACUUUGCUGCUGUUGCUCUCUGCGACUGCCCCGCGGCAUCUGAUGCUGAACUUCCAGAGCAGGAGAAGGCUUUUAUGCAGUUCCACGUCACCAUGCCAGAGGGACCAUCGCUCCGUGUCCUGCUGCAGGACCCCGAGGAGAGGAGGAAGCUGGGCAAAGCUCAUCUGAAGAAAGCCAUCAUGAAGCACGAGGAAGCCAUGAGGAUCCACGGCUUGUGCAAGAUCCUGCGGAAGAUGGACAUCCUCCAGGAGGUCCUCUCCUUCGCUCACAAGCGUUCGCUGAGCAAGUACUCGGAAAUCGACCACGAGGAAGACUUCUUUGAAACGGGAGAUGCCCCGGACAUUCACCCCAAAACGCACCAGAAACCGGAGAUAAAAUCCCCCAACUUCUCCCAGGUGAAGGUGACCGACCUCUUCCACAGGCUGGGGCCCCUCUCGGUUUUCUCAGCCAAAAACAAGUGGUACCCAGCACGGAGGGUCCACCUAAUGAGAGGAGAGAAUGGCUUUGGGUUCACGCUGCGAGGAGACUCCCCCGUCCUCAUCGCUGGUGUCAUCCCGGGGGGCUGUGCUUCUGAAGCCGGGCUGAAAGAGGGAGACUACAUCAUCUCGGUGAACGGCAAGGACUGCAGGUGGUCCAAGCAUGCUGAGGUGGUGCAGCUGCUGAAGAGCACUGGGGAGGAGGGAGUGGAGAUCGAUGUGAUAACCCUGCAGGGUUCGGAGGGACCGAAAGCUGCAGACAAGAAGGCAGCGGCAAUGUCCUCAUGCAGCGGGAUGCUGAAGAGCAACAAGGAGAACAGCCGAAAGAGCCUGAUGAACAGCAAGAGCGCCAGCACGCUGCUGGUCUGGAGCAAGAAGAGCAAGAGGAGCAAGAAGAGCACUUACGGUGUUCCCUUCACCGCGGUGGGUGACAACGAGGCCAUGUACUGAAGCAACCAUGGGGUUAGGUCGUGUCCCAUGAGCUUGGGGACUCGUGAACCUUCACAAGCAUUGGUGGCCUGUCCAGGCUGUGCGGGCGUCAGUUCUACAGGGACCCCCCUUCCCUGGGGAUGUGCCGCUGGUCGGAUCCUCUCCAAAGAGGCAAUGCACAGCACCGGACUCCGCCAUCUCCCAGCUCCUGCGUCCAAUGAUCCUCAGCUAAACAAUACAGGGAAACAUUGAUUUAUUCUUAAUUUUUAAUUAAUUUUUUUUUGCUCUUAAGGGGUCAGGGGGAGCUGUGCUUCGGUGUAAAGCAGGGACUGGUUUGUGUCUUUUGCUCGGUGCGAGGAGCAGCCAAACCAGACCCCAGCCAUUAAAGCAAAAGCUGUAACCUUCUUUAGCGUCUCAUAGGCUUUCUCUGCAAGGUUAGAAGAUGACACCGCUGCCACUGCUCACCCGAGAGCUGCUGGCAGAGACGAAUCGUUCAGCAGCUCCAGAUGGAGAUCACUUUCGACUCCUCUUUUUUGAGAGAAGGGAUAAUGUGGGCAUCAACGAUUCAUGGUGACCCCAUCACGGGGUCCAGCACCGACCUGUCCAGGCAGCAGUGGGCCAUGCAUCUCUGCCAGGUUACCAGUUAGGGGUGUCCAAGUGAAAUGGGUUGGAGUUAGCAUGGGUUUAACUAUUUUUUAGUGCUUUUUGUUGUUUUGGGUUUUUUUUUUUAAUGGAAACCCAGGUUGGCCCAGCAAAAACAGCCCAGCUGCACAGUCUGCUUCUUUGGAAGAAAAGGGAAAGACUUAACGUGCAUUUGUCGUCUUGCUUUUUUUAAUCAGCAGAGGUGGAUUGCCCUAAAUAUGUGAGUAGAUUAAUAGCUAAGAGUCUUUCUUUCUUUUUCUUGGUAUGAGAUUAAAAUUCCAGGAAGAUAGCUUCUCCAGAUUAUUAAACUACUAAAUUUGUGCUAGUAUUGGAUCUUGCACACGUUGCUAAUACCCUAACACUGUGCUGUCAGCAUUUGUACCAGGGCUGGGCUGAUGGAUACAUACAUCUUGGUAAUUGUACUGGAAACGCUGGGAGACUCCGAAUGCACGCUUAGAUAUAUUGGCAAAAUUUUUUCAAUCCCAUUUCCGCCUCGUGCAUUUAUUUUUCCGAAGGCUAAAGAGCUGUCUGGUCUUCAGUGCUUGGAUGAUCUUGGUAGGUAUAAAAUACCCUUCAGAGAUGCAAUUGUAUUUUUGUACUUUUUAAGUCGUGACGAAUUUGUAGCGGUAGUUUAACGAAGCGAACGCGAGCUGGCAGCGGGACAUCAUCGCGAGAGCAUCCCCCCUGCCCAGGGUUGUACCGUGACUUCUAGGUGGUUCCAUGCCCAUGUGCCAACCUUUCAGCCCUAGGUUUAUUAAAGGAGAGCUAAAGGAGGGCUCUUAACUCUGCGUUAUUGACCCAGAGGCUUCUCUGUAGACUGAGACAUCGUCAGACCGGAUUAUGGAUCUGGCUGCCACCAUGGGGCCAUCUGGCACCAUCGUAUUUCCUACGUCAUCUCACCAGCUGCUUGGUGAGGACGGGGGUAGGUUCACGAAAAAAAAGGCCACCUUGCAUCCCGGCAGCAUCUUCCCACGAUCCUUAAAACGUGUUGUCGACACGGACGUCUCCGAGCUGGAGGUGUAUUUAUUUGGAAGAAGCCGUGCACAAGCGGCGAGCCCGCACGUCACGUUGCCACCCGCAUCACACAGCUCCUCCACUGGUAUUGGCGGAGGGGUUGUGUUUUGUGCGGGUAGGAUAAUUUCCCUAACAAUGAUGGUUUUGUUGUUUUAUUAUUGUUGUUUUUUUUUUUUUUUUUAAUUUGUAAAUGGACUCUCACCUUUUAUGGAUUAAAAAGCACUGAUUCGAGAACA